AAAUUUCUCUCUCCCAAUACUAAAGAUUCUUCAUUUUUCGCACUACAAAAACUACCCAACUAGUCUUUUUGGCUCCUGUUUCAUUGUUUCUUCAUCAUCUUCUAGGGUUUAAUCCAUUUCUUGAAAAUGAUUACAAAUUCCACCAAAUACCCUUUUCAAAAUCUUGACAAAAAAUGGAGGAUUCAGUUACAUUUAGCUUCAAUUUUUCUUCUUCAUCUCUUAAUUUGCGUUAUAAAGCCAGUUUCAACCCAAGAUUGGGACGGUAUUGUAGUAACACAAGCUGAUUUUCAAGCAUUACAAGCUUUCAAAGCCGAGUUAAUCGACACAAAAGGGCUCCUAAAAAGCUGGAACGACACCGGCUACGGCGCCUGCUCCGGCGGCUGGGUUGGGAUAAAAUGUGCUCAAGGUCAAGUCAUAGUAAUCCAGCUUCCAUGGAAGAGUUUAGGCGGCAAAUUAACUGACAAAAUUGGCCAGCUUCAAGCUCUUAGAAAACUUAGUCUGCAUGAUAAUCUCAUCACCGGUCCCAUCCCUAAAACUUUAGGGAUUCUCCCUAAUCUUAGAGGUCUUCAACUGUUCAACAAUAGAUUUUCAGGUUCAAUUCCGUCAACUUUAGGGCUGUGUCCGUUGCUUCAAACGUUAGACAUUGGUAAUAAUUUGUUAACAGGUUCAAUUCCUGACACUCUUGCUAAUGCUACCAAGCUUUUUAGACUUAACGUUAGUUUUAACUCGUUGUCUGGUUCUUUUCCUGUUAGAAUCUCUCGUUCUUUAAUUUUCUUGGAUUUUUCUCAUAAUUUCAUUAAUGGAAGCUUACCGGGUUCGAUAUCGAAUCUUUCUUCGCUAGUUUUGUUAAAUCUUGAGGGGAAUAAUCUCGGUAGUCAAGUCCCGGAUGUUUUUGAUGGUUUUCGUAAUCUUUCUUAUUUGAAUUUGAAGAGAAAUAAAUUUUCCGGUCAUAUUCCGGUGACAUUAGGGAAUGUUUCGACGCUUACCGCUCUUGAUUUGUCGGAAAAUAAGCUCACCGGAGAAAUUCCGGAUUCUUUAGCUGGUUUAAAUAAGCUUGUUUUGUUUAAUGUUUCGUAUAACAAUCUGUCCGGUUCUGUUCCGGUUGGUCUGUCGGAGAAGUUCAACUCAAGCUCUUUUGUCGGUAAUAUUCAGCUAUGUGGAUAUAGUGGCGCAGCAGUUUUAUGUCCGGCAACUCAACCGCCGUCUCCGCCGCCGGAGUUGCCAAGAAAGAAGCGUCACCGGAGAUUAAGUACUAAAGAUAUAAUUCUCAUAGCUGCCGGUGCACUUUUAAUUCUACUUAUAAUACUUUGCUUAAUCUUGAUUUGUUGUUUGAUAAGGAAAAGAUCAGCAUCAAGAACCGGUCAAACCGGGGCUGCAGCCACCGCCAGGGCGGCGGCUGCAGCAAGAGGAGAAAAGGGUAUUCCGGUGGUGGCCGGAGAAGUGGAAGGCGGAGGAGAAUCCGGCGGAAAAUUAGUACAUUUUGAUGGGCUUUUAGCUUUUACGGCGGAUGAUUUGUUAUGUGCAACGGCUGAGAUUAUGGGGAAAAGUACUUAUGGGACGGUUUAUAAGGCGACAUUAGAAGACGGGAGUCAAGUGGCCGUUAAAAGAUUAAGAGAAAAAAUUACUAAAGGUCAAAAGGAAUUUGAAAAUGAGGUUAAUGAACUUGGUAAAAUUAGACAUUUAAAUCUUUUGGCUUUGAGAGCUUAUUAUUUAGGUCCUAAAGGAGAGAAACUUCUUGUUUUUGAUUACAUGCCUAAAGGAAGCCUUGCUACUUUUCUACAUGCCAGAGGACCUGAUACACCAAUAGAUUGGCCAACAAGAAUGAGAAUAGCACAAGGCAUGGCUAGAGGAUUAUUCUAUCUUCACAACAAUGAAAAUAUAAUACAUGGAAACCUAACUUCAAGCAAUGUACUUCUUGAUGAGAACACAAAUGCUAAAAUUGCAGACUACGGAUUAUCUAAGCUAAUGACUGGUGCAGCCAACACGAAUGUGAUUGCAACCGCGGGCGCAUUAGGGUAUCGAGCGCCCGAGCUUUCGAAGCUGAAGAAAUCGAACACGAAAACCGAUGUGUACAGCUUUGGAGUGAUAAUGUUAGAGCUUCUGACAGGAAAAUCGCCCGGGGAAGCAAUGAAUGGUGUGGAUUUACCGCAAUGGGUUGCUUCAAUAGUUAAAGAAGAAUGGACUAAUGAAGUAUUUGACUUGGAACUAAUGAAGGAUGCUAAUUUAAUUGGUGAUGAGUUGCUUAAUACAUUGAAAUUAGCGCUUCAUUGUGUCGAUCCGUCGCCUUCGGCUCGGCCCGAGGUUCAACAAAUUGUUCAGCAACUUGAAGAAAUUAGAUCAGAAACUAGUGCUGGACCAUCUGGUGGGGAUGAUGAUGGUGCAGAAGUUCCAUCAACAAGUGAUUAAUCAAGGAAAAAUUUAUUGUGUUUAGUUUCAAAUUAGGGAAGAGAUUAGAUUAGAGUAAAAUUCUUUGAUUCUUGUUUGGUUUAAGCAUUAGAUUUUGAGUGUUAAAUGUUUUGUUGUCUGUAAAUACACGUUUGUUUUAAUUUGUUUCAAUCUAUUCAAGAAAUAGUUUUGUUCUUCAUAAUAAAGCUCAAGUAUCAAUUUGCCUCCUUAA